AUCGAAAGUGCAACAGGAAGAUAUCGGAGGAUAUAUUUUCCCAAAAUCGUACAGCUUGUGGAUAUAUGCAUGAAUCAGUGAAAAUGAUCUCGCCUUUGAGCUGGAGGCAACUUUGGCUGGUGUUGAUUUUGGUGGUGAACCUCUCGCUGGGUCUUCCCAGCCUGGAAAACCAGACGCACGAGGAAAUCAAACAGGGUAUAGCUUGCAGACAGCCGAAGGCACCUGGCUUGUGUCGAGGACGCCAGCUGCGAUAUGCCUACAACGAAAAGACCAAAAACUGCGAGAGCUUCUUCUACACGGGCUGCGCCUCCACUGAGAACAAUUUCCUGACCUUCGAGGAGUGCCGCAGGGACUGCAUGCAGCGCCUGCGUUACUGAGUUCUGAUCUGACUACGCCUAAUAUAUAUUUACUGUUACAGAAA